UGGCAUGCUCAGCAUAUCUAGACGGUCAUUACAGAUGUUAUGUUCAACUGUUCCUCUAGUGUUCCUUAUCCCAGUAAAAGGUUCCAUUCCAUGUCAGUCACUGUGUGUAGGUCGGAACAUUGGGGGAGAAUGAAGUUUGCCAUAUUGUUUCUUGUCAUUUUUAGUUCCAGUGGGAAUUCCUCUCCUUCUUCCGGGGAAGAAACUCCAAUAUGCAAACUGAAUACGCAAUCCAUGAAUGAGGAUGAGGAGUCAUGUGCUUCUCGUGAAACCAUUUCCUGGACACAUACAAACGACCUUGUUGAUCACAUGAUAAAUGACAUUCAAUUAUUAAUCAAAAGAGCAGGCGACGACCUAGCCAAUCCGAGGGAUUAUCCUGCUCAUUACAGUGCGAAAGACGGGGAGGAAUUCGAUUUUAUCGUGGUAGGCGCAGGAUCUGCCGGAUCUGUUAUGGCCAACAGACUGACGGAAGUCGAAGGUUGGAAGGUGCUGCUGGUAGAGGCUGGUGGAAAUCCUACGAAAACCUCUGAAGUCCCUGGAUUAUUUGGUGCUCUGCAAAACACCGGCAUAGAUUGGCAAUACCGAGCCGGACAAGAAGAAAAUCUAUUCCAUGGUUACAUAAACAAUAGCAGUUCUUGGCCAAGAGGAAAAGUUUUAGGAGGUUCCAGCACGAUCAACUACAUGAACUACGUUCGAGGAAAUCCCAGGGAUUACGAUUCGUGGGCAGCUGCUGGAAAUGAAGGCUGGAGUUAUGAAAACGUCCUUCCUUAUUUCAGAAAAUCCGAAGAUUUACGAGCUCAGGAGGUAUUAGCCACCAAAGAUGUAGGCAAGUAUCAUGGAACGGGAGGUCUCCUACAGGUGGAAUCUUGGGCCGACGCUAAUAAUAGUCUAUUUGGAUUCAUGGAGGCUUUCAAGAGAGCAAUGGAGGAUAUGGGGCAUCCAUUCAACCCAGAUUGUAAUGGCAAAUCUCAAUCUGGAUUUACAAAACUACAAGCAACUCUGAGAGACGGCAAGCGAUGUAGUACAGCUAAGGCUUUUCUAUCCUCCGUCAAAGACAGAAAUAAUCUAAAAGUGACCAAACACUCACUUGUGACCAAAAUACUCAUCGAUAAGGAGUCUUCCACUGCUUACGGAGUAGAAUUUAUAAAUAAUGAUGGCGAAGUUGUCCAAGUAAGAGCUAAAAAGGAAGUGAUACUGUCUGCAGGAUCCAUCAACUCUCCUCAGUUAUUGAUGCUCUCUGGAGUAGGACCAAGGCAGCAUUUGUCUGAUCUAGGUCUGCCUGUUAUACAGGAUUUGCCCGUUGGCGAGAAUCUUCAAGACCACCCUAUGAUGUUAGGCAUUGUACUGACAUUCAACUACUCAACUUCAACAUUCCCAAAAUCACCUGUUGUGAGUAUGUUAGACUUCCUGAUGAACCGUUCUAGCAAUCUAGCCGAAACAGGAAGUAUACCCUAUGCAUGUUUUAUAAACACUGUAAAAGGUGUGGACUAUCCAGACAUAGAAAUGUACCAGAUACACAUAGAUAAAAAAGAUUCCCAAAGCCUCUUCAGCUUUUUAAAUACACUAAACUUAAAACAAAGUGUUGUCGAUGAAUUUGUUCGCAUAAAUGAGGAAGCUUACACGGUCAUUCUUCUCACAACACUGUUAAGACCGCACAGUAGAGGGAAAAUUUCGUUACUGAAUUCCGAUCCAAAAUUAUCAUCUGGUUAUCUUUCGGAUAGAAGAGACAUUGAUACGUUUUUAAGGUUUUACGACUUUAUACAUAAUCUUAUUGAGACCGAUGCAUUAAAAAGUAUGAAUGUCAAGCUUCAUGAAAUCAGUCUUCCCACCUGCAAAAUACACAAACUUCAAUCUCCAGAGUACAGGGAAUGUUCCAUGAGACAUCUUAUAUCCACGACAUAUCAUCAGAGUGGUACAUGCAAGAUGGGGCCUUUACAGGAUUCUGGGGCGGUCGUAGAUCCUACCCUCAAGGUCCGUGGAAUAAAGAGUUUGAGGGUUGUGGACGCUUCAAUAAUGCCAACCAUCGUCAGUGGAAACACAAAUGCCCCCACCAUCAUGAUUGCUGAAAAAGCUUCAGACAUGAUCAAAGGUACUUGGCUCCAAUAGGUUUUGGUGUAUUUUGUAUAAAGCUUAAAAAAUAUUCAACUGACUGUUUGAACUCUAUGCAUUAAUCAGCGCACAUUCAUUAAAGACGUUCUUAGUAUGCUAAAAAUGAUUUAUUAUGUAUUGUUACUUUUUAAGGUGUUUCAUGUUUAUUAUGUAAUACUUAACUAUUUUCAUCAUGCUCUUCUAUUGCCUAAUACUAAUUUACAUAGUACUUCCAUUUAUCAAAAACUUUACUUAAUAAAUGAACUUUAGCUUUAUAUAUAGUGUACUAAACUUGAAAGAAAACUCACUAUGUCGUGUUCAUAAUAUAGUUUCAUAGUAAUUUUGAUGAAAAUUUUACAAAUGUAAUUAAUUACAAGAAAUGGAUUUCAAAAGCUAUAUUGUUUGAAUAUUGUAUUUCUUGUUCAGGUGUGUAUAAAAAGUCUAUGAUAAAAUUAUUUUGGAUAAGUUGUAAUUACUAUUAUUUAUGCCUCCCAUUGCGUUCUUCAUGAAACAGAAUAUGUUUACUCUUAAUUCUUCAGUUGUAACCUUAAUGUUCAAUCGCGUUUAUAUUCCAAGUGUAAUAUAUUAUUCUGUCCUUUAUAUAGCUUAUAGCAUAUGCAGAAUUUAAAGCACAUUAAUAAAGUAAGAAAUUAUACAGUUAUUUAAUUUACUCAUAAGGUUUAUUUUAUAAAUUGCAACAAUCAUUACCAUACUAACAUGAUAAUAAAGGGUCGCCAGUACGUUCUUGCCGUUGGGCCAUCCUUUGUUUAAUAUACACUUAAUAAUUAACUACUGUUACGGGUUUGCUUGAAUAAAACACUCGGCGAAUACUGAAUCCCUUUAAUAUUAAUUAAUCUUACAAAUAAAUUUAAAUAUAAUAUCUACUUAAAACUAGGCCGGUUUUAAAUAAAAGACUUGUUUACAAAAUUCA